AUGACCGCCGGAAACGCAGCAGCACCUGCGAAAGCGCCAGUCGGCAAACUUGGAGAAGGAGCCUUCAAGGACAAGGAGAAGCCAACUCAUAUCCGAAUGUCCAACAUUGAAGCCGCCAAGGCCGUUGCAGACGCUGUCCGAACCUCCCUUGGUCCCAAGGGUAUGGAUAAAAUGAUCAAGGACGACAAGGGUAACGUCACAAUCACCAACGAUGGUGCCACUAUUCUCCAGCGAAUGAAGGUCCUCCACCCAGCUGCUCGUAUGCUUGUCGAACUCAGUAAAGCUCAAGAUAUUGAGGCUGGAGACGGAACCACAACUGUCGUUGUUGUCUGCGGUGCCCUACUUGAAGCUGCCAAGAAGCUUUUGAGCCAUGGUAUCCAUCCAACCAAGAUCUCGGAUGCCUUCCAGCGGGCUGCUUCCGAAGCCUUCAAUGUCAUCGAAACGAUGAAGAUCGAAUUCGAUCUUUCAAACAAGGAAGCCAUGAUGAAAGCCUGUGCCACCUCUCUCAGCUCCAAAGUCAUCAACACUCAUUCUCUCCACAUGAGUGAGCUGUGCAGCAACGCCGUCUUGAAGGUCGCCGAUCCAGAGAAGAACUCGCUCGAUCUCAAGGACAUCAAAAUCGUUGCCAAGGUUGGAGGCACCUUAGACGAUACCGAGCUUGUUGAUGGUCUCUGCUUGGACAGCAAUGCGAUGGGCACCACUAGACGAAUGGAGAAGGCCAAGGUUGCGUUGAUUCAAUUCCAGCUUUCUCCACCAAAGACUGACAUGGAAAACCAGGUCGUCAUCAACGACUACAGUCAAAUGGAUCGAGUCCUAAAGGAAGAGCGACAGUACACUCUUAACCUCGUCAAGGCGAUCAAAAAAUCCGGAGCCAACGUGCUCCUCGUCCAAAAGAGCAUCCUUCGAGAUGCUAUCUCUGAUUUAGCUAUUCACUACUUGAACAAGCUCAAAAUUAUGGUCAUCAAGGACAUCGAACGAACUGACGUGCCUUUUAUUUGCAAAACUCUUGGAUGUCACCCUGUCGCCUCAGCUGAUCACUUUACGCCUGAAGCCCUUGCCAACGUUGACCUUGUCGAAGAGAUCUCGAUCGGUGGUGAAUCCAACUGCACCAAGUUUACUGGAAUUCAAAAUGCUGGAAAGACUGUUUCUCUUCUCAUCCGAGCUUCCAACGAAAAUCUCCUCGCCGAGGCUGAUCGAUCAAUCCACGAUGCUCUCUGCGUCCUCAGAUGCCUUGUCAAGAAGCGAGCUCUCGUAGCUGGAGGCGGAGCUGUCGAGUCUGAGCUGGCACUCAAACUUGGUCAGCGAGCCAAGGAAAUCGGUGGUGUUGAUGGCUACUGUCUCCAGCGAUACGCUGAAGCCAUGGAGGUCGUUCCAUACACUCUUGCCGAAAAUGCUGCUCUGAAUCCUAUUGAAGUGGUUACUGAGUUGAGAAAACGACAUAAUGCUGGUGAAAACAGCGCGGGUAUCAACGUCAGAAAGGCUGGCGUGAGCGACAUGCAACGAGAAGAUGUUCUCCAGCCGAUGCUCGUGUCGACUUCUAUGAUCACACUUGCUACAGAGACUGUGCGUUCUAUUCUCAAAAUCGACGACAUCGUCAACGUCGUCGGUCGAGGCUAA